AGUCAACGUCCUCCUUUCAUUUUGCUGUACUCCAACGGAUAUCUGGCAUCUCCAUCUAACCAUGUCGGGCACAUUCAAGGCUAUCGUCAAAUCUGUCAUCUCUGGGGACUCCCUCGUUCUGCGUGGAAAAGCUGGUCCGCAAGGGCAACCUCCCAAGGAGCGCAUUGUGCAUCUUGUAGACGUCGUGUCACCUAGGCUAGGGAGCGCAACGAGGGAAGAUGAACCUUGGGCCUUCGAAGCACGCGAGUACCUGCGCGCCGCUGCUGUAGGCAAGGAAAUCACCUUCACAUCCACGCACUCGCUACCGCCGAACGACGAGACCCUUCGCGACCUUGGGACGGCAGACAUCGGCGGGCAUGAUCUGUCCGUGGAGCUCACCAAGGCAGGCUGGGCGACUGUGAAGGAUCACAAGGGCGCAGACGAGGACCCUCGUACAAAAAUGCUUCGCGAGCUGGAAAGCGAGGCGAAAGCGGCCGGCAAGGGUCUUUGGAACCCCCAUGGCCCGAUGGCCCGCAAAGUCCACUACACGAUGCCGGAGGACUCCCAGGCCUUCCUAACGGAGUACAAGGGCAAGCAGCUUGACGCGAUCGUCGAGCAAGUACGCGAUGGUACAACCCUUCGCGUGCGUCUGUUGCUCGAUGGCGAACACCAGAUGGCAAACAUCGCGCUCGCUGGCGUGCGCAGCCCUCGGACUGCUGCGAAAGCCGGUGAAGCUUCUGAGCCCUUCGCGGAAGAGGCGAAGUUCUUCGUGGAGUCCAGAUUAUUGCAGCGCUCCGUCCGUGUCCAGAUAUUGUCCUUGCCAAGUGCUGCUGCCAUGCCUUUGCAAGGUAACGCGGCGCCGACGACGGCUACCAUAUUCAUCGGCACAGUGCUUCACCCAGCUGGUAACGUCGCCGAGUUCCUCGUAUCCGCCGGCCUCGCACGCAUCGUUGAUUGGCACGCCGGCAUGCUCGCGCCCAGCGGCGGGAUGGAGAAACUUCGUGCGGCAGAGCGCACAGCAAAGGAGAAGCGCCUGAACCUCUACGCCUCGCUGCCUGCACCGUCUGCUAACAAGGCCAACGGCUCAGCACUCAAUGGUCAGCCGCGCAACUUCGAGGCGACCGUCGUCCGCGUAUGGAGCGCAGACCAGCUGAGCUUGCUACCGAAGGACUCAAAGACAGAGCGCCGUGUCCAGCUGAGCUCGACUCGUGGGCCUAAACCUUCGGACCCGAGACAAGCACCCUACGCGCAGGAAGCUAAGGAGUUCUUACGGAAGAAGCUCAUCGGCAAGCAGGUCAAGGUCACCGUCGACUUCAUCCGGCCAAAGGAGGGCGACUUCGACGAGCGCGAAUGCGUCACCAUCCGUUACGGGAACCAGAAUGCCAACAUCGCCGAGCAGCUCAUCGAGAAGGGCCUUGCGACUGCGUUGCGCCACAAGCGCGACGACGAAGACCGCUCUCCAGACUACGACAAGCUGAUGGCCGCGGAAGCAGCUGCAGUAGGCGAGACGCGCGGCAUGCACUCAGGCAAGGACUUGCCGCCCCCAAAGCAGCCUUUGAACAUCUCCGAGUCUGCCCACCGCGCAAGCCAAUACGUCAAUGGCUUCAAGCGCCUAGGCCGCGUCCCCGCUGUCGUGGAAUACGUUGCAUCUGGCUCGCGCUUCAGGAUAUUCUUGCCGAAAGACAACCAGACGCUCACCUUGGUCCUCGGCGGCAUUCGUGCGCCUCGCACUGCACGCAACCCUAGCGAGAAGAGCGAGCCGUACGGCGAGGAGGCAUUCGAGUUCUCCACGCGCCGAUACAUGCAGCGUGACGUCGAGAUCGAGGUCGACGGCGUGGACAAGUCCGGAGGCUUUAUUGGCUCCUUGAUUUUGAACAAGACGGAGAAUGCGGCAGUCGCGUUGGUUCGGGAGGGUUUGGCAACGACGCACUCCUCGUCGGAGGGCUCGUCCUGGGCAAGGCAACUACAGGAGGCUGAGACAGAGGCUAAGGAGGCCCGCCGCAACAUCUGGCAAAAUGCUGACGAGAAGGUGGAAGCCGCACCGACAGUUGACUCUAGCUCAGCGCUGGCACCCGAGUACCUCGACAUUAUUGUCAGCGACGUGCGCGCAAAGAAUGACUUCACCUUCUCCGUGCAAAUACUCAACACCGAGGGCAUCGCAUCCUUGGAGAAGCUCAUGCGUGACUUCUCCUUACACCAUCAGGGCGCUGUCGCAUCUCCACCGGGUUUCGUACCACGGGGUGGUGACCUGGUGUCUGCACGCUUCUCCGACGGCGCCUGGUACCGCGCAAAGAUCCGUCGCGCGUCGCCUGUCAAGAAGGAGGCUGAGGUUACUUUCAUCGACUACGGCAACCAGGACACCAUACCGUUCUCUGCGAUACGCCCGCUCGACCCGAAGUUCCGCUCGCUGCCUGGUCAAGCACACGAUGCACGCUUAAGCUUCAUCAAGCUCCCUGCCCCGGACAGCGAAUACCACCCCGAAGCCGUCGAUCGAUUCCGCACGCUCUGCGAAGGGCGCAAACUCAUCGCCAACAUCGACCAGCGCGAGGGUAACUUGUUGCACCUGCGCCUCAUCGACCCCACGGACCCACAGUCCGCUGAGGACCCCCUGGCAUGCAUCAAUGCAGAUCUCCUGCGCGAUGGCCUUGCCACCAUCGACCGCAAGGGCUGCCGCUAUAUCAACGCCUACCCGCAGAUCCUGAAGAAGCUGGAGCAGUCGGUCAACCUUGCGAAGCGCGAGCGCCUUGGGAUGUUCGAGUUUGGUGACAUCGAGGAGGAUGAGUAUUAGUGCGUUGCGAUUUGUCGUCGUAACCUGCUGGGCACGCUACUCUUUCCUGAAUAACACGAAUGACCGGGGCACGCAAUCUCUGUGCCCCCACUACUCACUCAAUGCUCAAUUGUGCGAGACGUGUUAGGAAACUUACAAGGUCGCAAAAACCAC